GUUUAAGUAAAUACCAUGGCACUGGUACCCACGGUCCACUGACAUCCACACACCAUUCCCACAAAAAAACGAUUAUGAUGACUACAUCUUUGAAGUACUUACCUGCGCAAACGAUAAAACUCGAAAUAAAAAUGGUACCUUCUACGAACUAGACGUAAACGGGAUUUCUGUUACAACAGGAAUAUCAACCAACACGCUGAUAGUUCCACUUGACCUUAUGAAAUAUUUAUAAGUGACGUUGCGAGUAAUCGCACAAAAACAAGUUUAUUUACACUGUAAAUUAGUACCUGCUAAUUUAUCCUUCGACGGGCAACAAUGUUAAGUUAUGCUUUCAUAACUGCUGUGUGCUGUGCUAUCGACUUAAGUGCCACAUUUUCUGUGGAAACGAAUUAUGAACCAGGAUACUACUGGAGGGAAUUUAAUGGAAAAAUUCCGCAAGAUGCUUUGCCGGGAGGUGUCAAUUCUCAAGGAGUAACAACUUACAUCGGACAAGUGUUUGGAAAUAAUUUAGUUAUUCCUGCUAAAAUUGAUAUUGUGAAUGAUACGGUGACCUAUGAAUGGGGAUACCAGGAGUUCGUCGCUACUGAAAAUAUCAAGAUAUUAUGUGCCAAAUAUCCGGAAGAAUUUCAAUGGCUUAGUACUGGCCAUGGUUAUAUCAACCAAUUAAAAGGAAAACACUUAAUCAUCGGUGGAUACGAAUCGGGUGCUAAUAUUUACAUUGGUCGAAUACAACUAGAUGACGAACUUGCUCUCGGCAAAGUUAUCAACGGUUCAAACCAAGCAACAUUGAACACAACGAAGGAUGGUAAAGGAACUCAGCAUGCAGCCUUUCAAGUACUUUCCUAUAAUCCCAUCGCAUCCACUAGAAAACAAUCAAGCGACUGUCAGGUUGUCAUCAACGUAUACUAACAAAACCUAAUUUAUUUUAAAUUUAAUUAUAUAUUAUUAUUUCAAUUAUUUUAGCAAAUAUAUUAAAGAAGUUGUAUA